CACGAUUGUAACCUGACUUACCGAUGGAUACUUGUAUGAAUUGCAAUGUUUGGGUAUUUACCGUGUAGAUUGUAGAUAAUUAUGUUUAUUUAGGGAUAGUUCACACUUUUUGCAAUAAAGAUAUACUGAUGUCCAAAUGUAAACUCGUGAACAAGUCGCGUUGAUGAUGACUUCAUACCAUUUGAAUGAUGACGGUUGCCAACGCGUGUUGUCUAGAGCUCACAAUGACCUGAUGGCAAACAUAGAUGUAGACAAAGCGCUAACGUUUCUUGAGGGCUUUCUGAAGAAAGACGACGUGGUUGAUAUCAAGAAUUUAUUCACGAAUAGAGCAAAAUGUCGUGUGUUGAUUAGAGGGAUAUGUAAAGGUGGUGUGAACACCUACAGAAAGUUCAAAGAAUACCUAGUCAGAUACCACAGCGAUUUGUUGAAGAUCCUUGAAAAGCAUGAAGAAGAACCAACUUUGGAGCACCCAGAUAACGAAGUUGUAAAUUCGAGCACACAGAUUACAGACAUCCAUCUACAACGAAUAACACUUCGGAUACACCAUAAUUUUGACCUCUUAUCAGCCAAUUUGAGGAUUGCAGAACAAACCGUAAAACAAAUUAAGAAAGACUACAAUUAUUCUCAUUACGAACAAGUUUAUCAAAUUCUGCGUGAAUGGAAAGAACAAAACAAGUCUGAUGCUACAUAUGGGUUUCUAAUAUCUCAAGUACAGAAGUGUCCUGGACUUCGGCCCUUGAAGUUGUCGGAUUUCGGUAGACAGACACUCGAGGAUGAUGGAGGGCCUCGAAUUGAAGUACUUAAAUCAUACUACGAUGAAUCAAAACAAAUGCAUUUUAUUGUACUGCUUGUGAUGAAACACACAGCUACGGACGAAAACUGGACAUUUUUAGUAGAUCAAUUCAAGUGGUGCAAUGAAGACGGGUUUGCAGCGAAUUGCGAGUGUUUUGUAGUCUACGAACCAGAUGUUGCACCCCAGCCUGGUCCUUUAUUUGUAACCCGGCCUGGUAUCAUUCAGUGUGAUUAUUGUCGAGAAGGAAAUGAACCCAAAGAGAUUUCAAGCCACGUUCAUGACGGCAGACUAGUUGAGCUGCGAAGGGAGUACAUUUCUCAUCUGAAGAUGUGUCUUAGUGCCACGAAUCCAAUUAGUAACGGUGGAUUUGGAAAAGUAUUUAUAACACAUUCUGAAGUUCCCGCAUUUAAGCAGCGAAUAGUUCUUAAGGAGAUCGAUGUUGGAUAUCCGUAUAGAAACAAGGAACUUCUUGGAUAUGUUACCAGCGAGAAGCUCGCCUCACGUAUUAUGCACUUUGGCAUUGUACCACUCUUGGCCUAUCAUGACGACCAUGUGAAUGGGAAGUUUUAUUUUAUUUCACCGUACUUUGUCAACGGUGACUUGUACGAGGCAAUCAAGUCAGACAGAAAUGCUGAGGACAAAAUGAUUCGAAUGCACAUGAAUACCAGGUUGAGAGCGAUGUAUCAGGUCGCGUGCGCUAUCAACUAUAUGCAUACCAAGAAUUCCUUCAGGGGCACUAUUCUGCACAUGGAUAUCAAAUCCAAAAACAUUGUUCUGGACUCACAGCUGAACGCAAGGCUGAUAGAUUUUGGACUUGCCCGCGAGUUGAAGGAAGGAAACUGUUCAGAAACAAUGACAACGGUUGAUGGGACAAAAGGCUAUUUUCCAACUGUACAACACAAAAGACUGACUCAACAACACGACUGCCACAACUUCGGUGUCGUUAUGCGUGAAUUACUAACUGGCCGCAAUCCUCGAGAACUCGAUACGAAUGACCGAGAAAUGCGCAAAUGGCACAACUUUUAUGUAAAAGAACAUAAACAGAAAAAUAUCUGGACAGACACUGAAGUUACCGAACAAAUAGUCAACAUUUCUUACGAAUGCAUAAGAAGUAUUGACGCGAAGGAUGCAAACUAUACAGGGGAUGGAAAAUUUACAUCAAAAGACUUGUAUUCGAAGCUAGAGAAGUUAAUGAGGGUGUCGAAUGAUGUACCAAAGUGGAUGAGCGUGGAAAAUAACCGAUGUGAUAUAUGUCUUUUGAAUGAAUCCGUCCCAGAUGUUCACGCUGAAAUCGACUACUGCCCACACCCUAUAAAGACGUGCUGUGCCUGUAUGCGAAACAGCUACAUCAAUCCUGUCAAAUGUUACGAUUGUGGAAAUGACGUCAAAUCUAUAAUAGGUCACGGAUGGGGGGCUAUAUUAAUUGCUGGGCAUAAACAGAACGGGCAAGAAAUGUUCGACUUAGACAUUAAGCAGUUCGCAGAUGCUAUUACAAAUGUUGUCCUUCCAGCCAUGUGUAUAAGUCGGGAUAACAUAGAAAUUAUUGAUUCGAAUAAAGAAACGCUGAAAGAAUUGUCAGCCAAGAUUGAUAAAGCUUUUGACCGGCUGGACUCGAAAGAUAUACACACUUUGGUAUUUCUUUACUCGGGGCAUAAUCAUGCCAAAGAAGGAUUUUGGUUAGGUGAAAACGAAUACUACAGUAUGGAAAGGAUAAAUAACAAAAUAAAAGAAAGGGAAAAAAUAGAACAAGUUAUCGCAUUUCUCGAUUGUUGCAAAUCAAAACCGAUUGAAGUUCGAACUGAAACGAUUCUGAUACAGUUUAAUGCCUCGGGACAGAAGGACGAUGCAAUAUGCGUACCAAAUGAAGAUAGUUUCUUUACCAAAUACUUGGUCCAAGCUUUCACAAUGAAGGCAUCUGGAGGCGAAUGUAGUUUGCACAAGAGUCACUGUACAAUGAAAGGUGACUUCAUAUCACUUGGAUCUCUCUGGGACUACUUAAAUGAACACAGAGAAGGUCUUAUGCAAAUGAAUACGAGUAUGCAUUUGAAAAAUGUGGAUUGGAGGAGCACCUACUUGGCAUAUAACUACGCAUUUAAAGUGGAAAUUUCUUUCAAUGUCAUCGUUCCACAGUUCUCCUUGUCAAAAAUAAUAAAUGUGACACCAGCGGCCUUGACCGACUUUCAAACUCUUAAAUCAGAGAUUCUGUUUCCGAAAUAUAUUGCUCUUCUUGGUGAGCAUUUUGAAUAUCACGCAACUGCAAAGGAAUUUAAACUUGCAAAGUUGGUAAACGCCUUAGCCAUCGAGGUUGAUUUGGCCUCGAGACACGUCGAUGAGAUAGGCAACAUGAAAACGCUCAUGCUGGCAUGGAAUUCAAAACGAAUGAUACGAUGUAAACUAAGGAAGUGCGAGCGAAUCGAUAAAGGCAAGCCUGUCGUACUCUUGCUAAAGAAAGGUCAGCGUGUCUCUGAAAUGGUGUCUGAAAUCUCUGAUGGAAAGAUGCUCUUUGAUCUAAGAGAAUUGGAUCACAUGAUACAAUCAUUGAAAAAUCAGUUACCAGAAACAAGUGGAGAGUUGUCAGAAGCUCUGAUUGCCUUUAUUAUUGACGUCCAUGCAAUUAGAGAUGAAACACUGUGCAAGGAUACAACGCAAAGAGUUGAAAUCGAAUUCAUUAACAUUUUUGACGACGAAUCCAUUACAUUGGUGUAUUUGGAACUGAAAGGAAUGGAAAUUCGGCUGCAGACUGAACCAAUAUAAGCUGGUAUGAUGGUUAACCAUGUGCUAUGAAUCUAGUGUUAUAUCCAUUAACUAUACUCGUAUUUACACGCAGGAGCUCUUAUUACAGCCUAUGGGUGACUAUAAAUGUGAAGUUAUGCAUAAUUACCACUAUUUAUUUUUAAGUCAUAUGUAUAAUUAAGAGUGAGUUUUGUAUUUCAGUAAUAAUAUGUACCUUAUAUUGUAUAUGCGUCAUUGAACCUUUUACCAGAAUAAGUAUUGUGUUUAAUGAUGAUAUCGGUGCCAGACAUAUUACUUAAUUGUUUUCAUGUCAACUGUGUGUUUUACUAUUGUUCUGACAUUUCUCCGGCUAGUGUUGAUCGUGGUUUAUGUUGUUGUGAAACCAAGAAAUACUCCACAAGGCAUAUUUAAGAAAAACAACUUGAAUAUAUCUGCAACCUGAGCUCUGGAAUGAAAACAUGUUUCGAGAUCAUGUUACAGACUUUGAACACUCGAUGGAUGCCAGCAAGCAAUAUAGCAUCAAAAUAAUGUUCGCAUUUUUUGUGUUCUGGAAAGUACAGGCGACAGAACCAUUCAUUUGUUUAAGAUCCAGGACGUUGAUAUGUUCAUUAAAAUAGACCUUCCCUCACAGCACUGGAAACCUUGGCGGACACAAUCCCCGCACUAUAAUAGUAAAUUGUAUAAGCUACACGGCCAGACAACAGCUUCACAUAGGUAGACGUGAACUGAAGUCACGCAGCGGAUUUGAAAACAUCUUCAUAAAGAACUGACCCAAUACCGUACGCAGCUGUGUUCUGUCGCAUGUGGACUGGCCUAAUGGAAAAAAAAAUGCCUGGUAAGCCGAUGUAAUCUUACCGAUCAGUGUAUCUGUAAACGCCGAAGCGACCAUUAAAUACAUAGGCAGUGAAUCAGAACUUAACAAAUACAAAAUUAUGUAAAUAAAGAACUAAAUUGAUUUCUUGAUCAGUUUUAAUUGAAUUCGUAACUGACCUUAGAUGCACGUAGAUCAUAUUUUAUUGUUAUUUGUCUUAAUGGAGCGGGGCACAAUUGCUUGGAGCCAAGGAAGUCUGAGACUGGUAAAUCAGACUAUGGUAUUCUCGUGGUUUGGUUGUGAAGAGCCCAGUGGCAAUAGAUAUGUACAUAGAUGCCUGAGGUGGAGGACCUUGUCUUCCUUGCCUCGCUUUGUCAUGAUGUAGAUGCGUCGAACGCAACUAGCAAAUACUGACAUUAUAUUAAUAAUGUAUUAAAUUUAAUAUGCAUACAAUGUGAUGUAUUAUAAUUAUAUCAUUAUAUGCACCGUGCGCAUACGGCGGUGCGUAAUUGUGCUACUGAACUACUCUCACAAGUACUUUAUUUUACACCGAAGAAGUCUUUCAAAAUGUAUUUUUGUUUUCCUCAAUCUUCUGCCUUUUAUAGUGCAUUUUUUUGUCACAUCUUUAAUUGAAAUUAUUGUUUAAUAUUUUAAAAACCAAUUAUGUUCGUCUGACAAUAUUCAAUUGAAUGGCUACUGACGGAGAAAAACUAUAGAAGACCUUUUCUUUCGUUCCAUUACCCUGCAAACAUCUACAUGUUAUAUGAAAUUCUAUGUUUAAAAAUGUUUGUUUGAAAUAAAUAUGUUUAAAUUAA